AUGACGCUCCCGCCAAGUGCUGGAGGAAACAGAGGGUGCGGGGAUGCGAAUCAGUGCGGCCGCUCCGGGGAGCAGCUCGCCCGGCCCCUUAGAAGUCAGAAAGCCACCAGCCACGUGCCCGUCAUGCCACGCCUGGGCAUCACGCACGUGACUUGUGCGCACACGAGCGCCGGGGGAGCGGACGAGCAGACCGCGGCGCCCCGCCAGGGAGCGCUGCUCGUCGCUGAAACGGCACGGAGUGCUGAUCAGAGGGAGGCCACCGAGGCCACCGCCUGCACACGGCAGGUGUCAGUGCCCCCAACAAGCCUCCGAAGGCACCCUUACCCACCGAGCAUCCUGGCCAGGGCUGAGGUUCAAGGAGGACCCACCCACCUGUCCCUGUGGGACCUCAGCCCCCACCCACCCAACGGCUUGCCCCCUCUAAGUUCAGAGCUUCAAUCCAUGCCCUUCUCCCAGGAGGCAGUGGGCACAGCCCCUGCUCCUCUGCCUGGGAGGUUGGCACCCAGAGGCUGGCACCCAGCCCCCACAGAGAUGCCCUCCCAGAUGGGCAGCCCCCUGUGGCCGCUCCGGCCCUACUCCUCUGCCUACAAGCAACUCAGAGCCAUGGGGGUCAGAAAAAGGGACGAGCGGUGCCCAGGAGCCUCCCUGCACACCCGGGGUGAGCACCCUCUCAGCCCCCAAGGUGUGGCUGAUGGUGCCCCUGCCACCUCAGCCUGGAGCAAACACAGGACGUGUCUGCAAGGCCCUGGAGGGCCCAUGCUGGCCCCUGCCUGGAGGCCAGCGAUAAUGGGACUACCGCCCACCAAAGAGCUUUCCAAAGGCCAAGUCCUGUCUGGCCACCCUGGUGCCCAGUGGGUGCAGGGAGCCUGCCCGGUGUUCGCGACAGGAGGCGCCGGGUCCAGCGGUGACCUCUCUUCACGCAUCAUGCUGGGGCCUCGGCUCCUGCUGCUCCUGUCCUGCGGGGGAGCCCUGCUCGGCGCUGGCCUAGACGACACCUCCUUUGUGCACCCGGGCCUCCAGAGGCUGCAGGACUCCCCAAAGUCAGGCUCAGACAAGGGCUGGUGCUCCACAUGGGGGGCCGGACACUUCUCCACUUUCGACGGCCACGUGUAUGACUUCCCGGGAACCUGCAACUACAUCUUCUCUGCCACCUGCAAAGACGCGUCGCCCACCUUCAGCGUCCAGCUACGGCGAGAGCCCAGCGGGAGCAUCUCCCGGAUCAUUGUGGAGCUGGGGGCCUCUGUGGUCACCGUGCAGAAGGCAGUCAUCUCCGUCAAGGAUGUGGGGGUCGUCAGCCUGCCCUACACCAGUAACGGGCUCCAGAUAACACCCUUCGGCCAGAGCGUGCAGCUGGUGACCAAGCAGCUAGAGCUGGAGCUGGUGGUCAUGUGGGGCCCAGGCACCCACCUCAUGGUGCUCGUCGAGAAGCGGCACAGGGGCAGGCUGUGCGGUCUCUGUGGAGACUUCAACGGCGAGCGGACGGACGAGUUUCUGAGUGAGGAAGGCAAACCCCUGGAACCCCACGUGUAUGCCGCCCUCCAGACGCUGGAUGACCCCAACGAGAUCUGCACCUACGAGGCCAUCCCCAGCCCCUGGGUCCCACAGGCAGAGCAUGCCCAGACCUGCAGCCAGCUGCUGACCCUGGUGUCCCCCGAGUGCAACGUGCCCAAAGAGACAUUCGUGCUGAGCUGCCAGGUGGACAUGGCCGCGUGCGUCCCGCCAGGCCGGCGGGACUGUAGCUGUGCGACGCUGUCUGAGUACUCACGCCAGUGCAGCAUGGCUGGCCAGGCCGUCAGCAACUGGCGGGGCCCCGGCCUCUGCUCCUUGGGCCAGUGUGCGGCCAACCAGGUGUACCAGGAGUGCGGCGAGGCCUGCAUCAGGACCUGCUCCAACCCCCAGCACGCCUGCUCCAGCUUCUGCACCUUCGGCUGCUUCUGUCCAGGAGAUACCGUUCUCGAUGACAUCUCCAAAAACCACACCUGCGUGCCGGUCACCCAGUGCCCCUGCGUGCUCGGCGGGGUGGUCUACGCCCCUGGGGAGGUCAUGACAUCCGCCUGCCAGACCUGCCAGUGUACCAUGGGCCAGUGGAAGUGCACAGAGCAGCCCUGCCCCCGACGCUGCUCUCUGGAAGGCGGCUCCUUUGUCACCACGUUCGAUGCCAGGCCUUACCGCUUCCACGGCACCUGCACCUACAUCCUCCUGCAGAGCCCGCAGCUCCCCGAGGGGGGGUCCCUCAUGGCCUUGUACGACAAGUCUGGGCAUUCUCACUCGGAGACCGCCCUAGCUGCUGUCAUCUACAAGUCCAACCAGGACAAAAUCGUGAUUUCUCAGGACGAGGUCCUCACCAACAAAGGAAAUACCAAGUGGCUACCAUACAAGACUCGCAACAUCACAGUCUUCAGGCAGACGUCCACCCACCUCCAGAUGGCCACCUCCUUCGGGCUGGAGCUCGUGAUCCAGCUAAAGCCCGUGUUCCAGGCAUACGUCACCGUCGGGCCCCAGUUCAGAGGCCAGACCACAGGGCUCUGUGGCACCUUCAACGGGGACACGACCGAUGACUUCAUGGCCAGCACGGGCAUCGUUGAGGGCACUGCCUCACUCUUUGUGGAUUCCUGGCGGACCGGGAACUGCCCAGCCUCGCUUGAGCGUGAGACUGACCCCUGCUCCAUGAGCCAGCUCAACAAGGUGUGUGCAGAGACCCGCUGCUCAGUGCUGGUGAGGGAGAGCACGGUGUUCGAGAAGUGCCAUGCCACGGUGAACCCCAGGCCCUUCUACAAGAGGUGCGUGUACCAGGCCUGCAACUACGAGGAGACCCUCCUCCACAUCUGCGCCGUCCUGAGUGACUAUGCCCGAGCAUGUGCCACACGGGGCGUCCUGCUACGGGGCUGGAGAAGCGGCGUGGACAACUGCAGGCCUGACCCCAGCGCCCCCACAGCCACCCCCUGCACGGGCAACCAGACAUUCGGCUACGACAGCCGGGCCUGCGGCCGCACGUGCCUCUCACUGUCCGACCGCGCUGCCGAGUGCCACCCGAGUGCCGUGCCCAUGGACGGCUGUAAUUGCCCCGAGGGCACCUACCUCGACCACGAGGCCCGGUGCGUGCGCAAGGCCCAGUGCCCCUGCCUCCUGGACGGCUCUAAGUUCAUCCGAGCUGACCAGUCUGCCAUGGUCAACGGCAUCAUCUGCUACUGCAUCAACGGGAGACUGAGCUGCCCAGGGCGGCCGCAGAUGCUCCUGGCCACCUGCUCGGCCCCCAAGAUCUUCCAGUCCUGCAACCAGUCUUCGGAGAACACGUUUGGGGCAGCCUGUGCCCCCACGUGCCAGAUGCUGGCCAGUGGCAUCCCCUGCGUGCCCACCAAGUGCGAGCCUGGCUGUGUCUGUGCCGAGGGGCUCUACGAGAACGCCAGGGGGCAGUGCGUACCCCCUGAGGAGUGUCCAUGCGAGUUUGCAGGGGUCUCCUACCCCCGGGGCGCCCAACUCCACACUGACUGUAAGACGUGCACCUGCUCGGGGGGGAGGUGGACGUGCUGGCAGAGUGCCCGGUGCUCGUCUACCUGCACCCUGUACGGGGAGGGCCACGUGGUCACCUUUGACGGGCAGCGCUUCACGUUCGAUGGCAGCUGCAGCUACGUCCUGACCACAGACAGCUGCGGGGCCAACAGCUCCCGGCCCACCUUCAAAGUCCUGACGGAGAACGUCGUGUGUGGGAAGUCAGGCGUCACCUGCUCCCGGGCUGUCAAGAUCUUCCUGGGGGACCUGACCAUAGUGCUGGCGGACAGGACAUACACAGUCAGUGGGGGGGACCCUCACGUUCACUUCCGGGUGCAAACCGGCUCCCUGAACCUGGUGCUGGACAUCACCAUCAGUAGCAGGUACAGGCGCUGCCCCAAGGCCCGGGGCGGCCCGCGGGGCAGGGGCGGCGCCCGGCCUGACGCCAGACCCCCGCAGGACACACUGUGCGGCUUGUGCGGCAACUACAACGGGAACAUGAAAGACGACUUUGAGACACGCAGCAAGUACGUGGCGUCCGACGAGCUGGAAUUCGUCAACUCGUGGAAAGACAGCCCCCUGUGCGGAGACGCCAGCCUCACGCUGGACCCCUGCAGCCUCAACGCCUUCCGCCACGUGUGGGCAGAGCGCACCUGCAACAUCAUCAACAGCCAGACCUUCGCCGCCUGCCACAGCCAGGUGUACCGCCUGCCCUACUACGAGGCCUGCGUGCGAGACACGUGUGGCUGCGACACCAGCGGGGACUGCGAGUGCCUGUGCGACGCGGUUGCCGCCUACGCCAAGGCCUGCCUGGACAAGGGCGUGUGUGUGGACUGGAGAACCCCCGACUUCUGCCCCGUCUACUGCGAUUUCUACAACGGCCACACGUCGGGGGACAGUGCGCCCACACAAACCCAGGACACCAGCUGCACGUGGCACUACCAGCCGUGCCUCUGCCCCGGGAACCCGCAGAGCGUCCCGGGCGCCAACAUUGAAGGCUGCUACAACUGCUCCCGGCACGAGUACUUCGACCACAGCAAGGGGAGCUGCGUUCCCUGUGACCCCGCACAUCCUUCUUGCGACCUCCCAGCUGAGGCUCCCGGAGACCCUGGCAGUCUGAGCCCGUGCCGCCACCCGCCACGCCCGGGCCCACCACAGGUGAUUGCACACGCCCUAGGUGCCAAGGGGAAGGGCGCUCUCCCCCAGCUCCCCGCCAGCUCGGCGGGGCUGUGUCUGUCGGGUCGGGUGCCCAGACCCGUGGUAGACAAUCCUGUCCCUGCAUCUGCAGCCAGUGUGUGGGGGAUGGGGCAGGGAGCUCGCCAGGACCAUCCCUGGGGCUGCUCUGCACAGGGGGACCGACUCUCCUCGAACCACCUCUGCCAUCACCACACGGGCCACCUCAGCACCAGCUGCAACAGCCUCUAUCAAGUCAACGGCCACAGGAUCCACGGUGACACAGGCCACAAGGAAACCCACGACGUUCACGCUGAGCUCAGCCACGCAAUCCACAGCUCGGGCCACAGACCAGACCACACCAGUACCGCCGAUCCCACAAACGUCAGAGACUUCCACGGGGCCCCCAAGUAA